CGCAUAUCCAAUCCAGCGUAUGAACAUGAGGCCUCGAGGGCCGAAGAUUGCCGCAUUAGAUCUCAAGUCCUUUAGCUACGAGAGACUCGGUCACCACCUGUCAUCCCCCAUUUCUACUGAGAAUGAUCUCAGCGAUACUACUAUCACAGCUGCCCCAGGACAUACAGAAGCUGGUGCAGGGAGUGUCGAAUCGUUCGGUAGCUGACUUUGAGCAGCUCUGUGAUCGACUUACAGACUGCUCCGCACCCGAGCUAUGUAUGCUGCAGCCAGUGUUCUACAUACACCUCGACCCAGAUUUCAUUCCUGAAAAGUCUACUCCAGCCGCCAUCACCGAUAUUGAGCUCGCAAAGUGGUCACUUGUUGGGAUCAUGAAAACAUUUAACAUGUGUCCUGGCGCUGAGCCAGAAAGAUAUCUGUUUUCUGCCUGGAACCGUGUUACUCCCUGGCUUGUCUUCUUUCAUAGCCAGUUUAUCAUGCGCAGAGCCAACCAUAGGCCAAUUAGCAGGAGGCUAGCCGUCGACGUGGUUGGCUGUAUUCUGCAGCAUGCCAAUAACAUGAUCACAAGCGGCGGGGACACAGUAUUGAUCACCACACCCUCCAUUUACCAUCUGCUCGUAGAGUUAUGGUUACUCGCCCUCAAAAUAAAAGACGAGGAUGUGCUGAUCAUUCCCCAGCAUCCGUGUAAUCAAUCGAUCUAUGGCCCUCAAUUCGCUUCUCUUGAAAUUGUCAUCCCAUUGGUGUUUUCAGACUGCACGAACUACAAAGCCUUUAUGACAACCGUGCUCGAAGUGUCAGGUGACAUUGGCACGGUCGUUUCUACAGCUCUGGAAUAUGUCAUGCACAUGGGAUUAAUGGCCCAGGACCCUAAUAAAGUCACAAGCCUUCCAACAUCACUCGGCAUGCUUACACACACGUUUUCAAAUUGCGUUAUUGUCAUUAUUGAACUAAGCAAGCACAGCGCCGCAAUGCGGGAAGAAUUCAUCCUACGACUAUCCGUUAAGAAGAUUUUCUUGAUUUGUCGCAUUAUCCAACUUCUUUUUUCUUCUGGAGAGAGCAUGGAUCCCACGUUUGGCAAAUCCACACUCGUCCAGAGUUUCUUGUACCUCAUUGCUCUCCUUUUACGUGCGAAUAACACUGUCCCAGUGUUACAUCAAGCUCUUCACUCAUAUGCCUUCGAAAUAGCCAUGGGCAUCCAAGGACCCGCUGUGGAGGUGGAUCUUCGUGAUUACAAGAAAAGUUUUCUUGUGAUCUUAGACAUUUUCCUCGUCUACGACAAAAUCUUGACCUACGCGUACAAACAUGUGGAUGCCUGGUCUAAUGCUCUUGGACCAGAUGUGUUACCAGACGAAACUAUCCGAAAGCGUUGGUCUGCAGUUGAGACGAAGAUACGACUAUAUGCCAGUCUCAAGUCUAGGGAGGAAAAGAUAAGGCGGCCAUCACCUGAUAAAAAGGGCUGGAUUCUACGAUGUUACUGUGGUGAUACCACAGAAGAUACUCAGCUUAGGCAAUGCUCGGAAUGUCAGGUUGUGCGGUACUGCUCAAAGCGAUGCCAGCGUGAUUCCUGGUAUAGUCAUCACAAAUGGAGCUGCAAAUUUUUGAAGGCAGCUGUUGGUUCAUCGACAUCGCACUACAUGAAACGUAGUCUCUGCCUGCUAUCUGGCAUAGAGGCUCACAUGGUAUUGUGCAGGUGGUCGGAUAUUCAGGACCAGGUAGCCGCUGCGCGAUGCAAGUAUCCAGAAGAUCAGGAUCGACUCGUUGUCAAGAUCACUAUAGAUAAGGAAGAGAUAUCAGUUCAACCUCUACGACAGUACCUCUUCGUGUUCAAUGGUCUCUCUGAAAAUGAGGUCGUGGACCGCUUAUCGUCAUGGCCAGAUCCAAGGGGCCAUCUUCGACGAUCAUUCUUUUGUUCGGUUAUCGCGAUACAUGAUAAAUAUUCGUCACAGAUCUUAUUCAGUCCACAUACUGCAUUAGAUAUGGAGACAGUACCAACGCUCAGCCGUAACCAGCAAUAUCUAGAAUCGCGAAGGAAGAAAUAUGAAUCACCAAUGGAUCGCGGAUGAGACUGAAAUCAGUGGGAAGUUCUGAACAUGGAUUAGUACUCCUGUAAUUUUUGUUGGGCUUUAAUUUUACUACGACUGUUCUCUGAGACUCCGACGGAUCCCAAACAAACUUGAAUUCACCACAAGUCUGUAAAACAGCUCCAGAUGUGUGUAUAGAUUCG